AUGACGCUGUUUGACUGCUUCUCUUCCCAAAAGACUGGUGGUGCGCCUGGGAGCCAUGAGAGGCCUGAUGGCGUUGAGCGUGAGAUGCAGAUCAUGUACCAGCAGCCGCAUUUGGUUCCGCCCAUGAAGCUUACGGUCUUCGAUGAACUUCCGCCUACACCUCCUCCUCAGGUCCCCUCGCAGCUCUCCCAAUGGGUUGCACAAGGCAAAGCGAGUCUCAGGUGGAGCCUAUCAGUCCGCAAACACACCACUCGACCACCCGUCUCAAGACCUCUUCCACUAAUGACAACAAAUCAAUUACCUUUUCGAAGGACGGGACCCGAGUUUAGGCCUAUUGAACUUAGUAUUCACUCGCCUGACAAUCGCCUCUCGGACCUUCCAAGGUUUGACCGCCUGAGUUUCACUGAAUCUGGAGAGAUCAAGCUACCGCCUCGAGCAUUGUUACGUACACAAUCAGAACAUCUUGUGCCUUCCAAGAUCUCACUUUCGCCUGCCAUCGUCAAGCCUGCGUCAAUGAUCGAGCAGCGUAGGCUGUGGAGCAUGCGGCCGCAGACUUCAUCAACUGUCAUCUCACAUUCUCGGCCUCCCUCAGAGCACGAUGCUCUCCACUCCCACCCUGUCUCGAUGGUGUCUCUGCCGGGACUUCCACCGCCUGUCCAUGGUGCAGAUCGAUUGGAACAUCCUUCAGUCGCUAUACUCACUCCUAUGCAGGAGGAGUUCAGCCCACCUGCGACCUCCGUCACCAUCGACGGCGUAUCGCUUGGCUUCCCCAAAGACGUCGACCUGCAAGAGACACUAGCACGACGACGACACGACGUGCCACAGCCAGAAGGAGCGCCCGCCCCCAUUGUACCUACUGCCCUGAUGAGAAACUUCUCCAAGCCUACGGAGACAGAUUCGCCAGAGACGUACUUUCAUCCUAAUUACCACACGCAAAAACGGAUAUCUCACUGGCUUGCUCACAAUACUUCGGCGUCGAUGGACACUACCAGGUCUUCAACUACAACAACGUCCUCAUUUGCCGAACAUCGUCGCAGGCGGGCUCAAUUCUAUCAGUUGUCCGCGGCACCACCAAGGGAUUUAAGCAUGGUUCCAGUUCCUCAGAAACCUGAAAGAACAAUGACACAGUCGACGGUUGUUAGUAACGCCGAGACAGACAUGUUGUCCUCUGAAUAUCAAAACCGCACCGACACAAGCAUGACCACUGUGGAGUCCCCAGGACCGAUCGGCCUGGUCAAGAGCAUCUCUAAGACGACGGAGACGGUCGCCAACGGAGUCUCCGACGUCCUACCCUCACCCGCUGACGCAGAGGCCGUGGACGGGGCCGAUGACGGCCGCGUUGUCAUCGAGGAGAUCGGCGGCCCUUUGAGAAGCCCAGGAGUCGGAGUGGCCUUUUAG